AUGGAAGAAAAAAUUGAAUAACAAAAAUAAUUAAUAAUUAAAGCUAAAUUAACAAUAGAUAAAUUGAGAGCUGAGUUAAAUGAUAAAAAUCAAUAAUUACAAGAAGAAAAAUAAAAAAAUGAAAAUCUAGAAUAAAUUGUCAAUAAAUAUUUAGAAGAUGAAAAGAAAAUAGUAUGUGAAAGAGUUUUAGCAAAAGUCAAAGUUGAAGAAAUAGAAUGGUUAUGUAUUAAAAAUAAUGGAAUUGAAUGGGUAAGAGAAAGUGAAUUCAAUAAACAACUUAAUUCAUAAUUACAUGAAGAUAUUAAAUUAUUAGAUUAUUCUAAAUCAAAAGAUGAUAUCUUAGUUGUUGCUUAACAAUAUGAUUAAAGAAUGAAAAUAUUGCAAUAGGAAUGUUUUUAAAAUGAGAAGAAAAUAUAGGAAAUCCUUAAUUUAUAUUAAGAUUUACAAAACGAAUUCGAAAAAUAUAAAUAAGACAUAAUGUAAAAUAUUAAUGAAGUAAUAAAUUAAUCUGAACAAAUCAGAGAAACUACUUUAACUUUAGUAGAUUAAAGUAUUGAUUGUGAAGCAAAAAUAAAAUUAUUAUUGCUAUAGUUAUUGAAAGUAAAAAAUUAUAUAAACUAAGUCUUGUAGUCCAUAAUUACAUCCUUUAAAGUAACAUUUAAUAACCUUAAAUUAAACAAUUUAUGAAUUGAUCUAAUAAUAAUAGGAACAAAAUAAUUUGAUAGAAUAGUAAGCAAAGGAACAUAAAUAAAGACUAAUAGAAAUAGAGGAAGAAAGAAAAAUGGAAAGAGAACAAAGUAUAAUUUAUAUAAUUUAAGACAGAAAUUCAACAUUUUGAAAAUGGUAGAUAGUAAAUCUAAUUAUUAGAAAAUACAAUUGAUUAAAUUACAAAAGAAUUAAGAGAAAAGAAUAUAAGAAUUGAUAUAUUAUGUUAAGAGAAUCAAAAGAAUGCAAAUAUUUAAUAUAUUAAAAACAUAAUCAUUCGAUUCUUUACUGAAGAAUAUUCAGUAAUAAAAUCUAUUAAUAAGUAGGUAAAAUAAAAAACUAUCCCUGUGAUUGCUACUGUUUUACAAUUUACAGAAGCAGAACAUGCAGUGGUUUAAUAAGCAUGGGAAAGGGAUUCGAAGUCUUUUUUGAGUAGAAUUUUUAAAUGA